GUGAGGCGGCGGCCAUCUUGGCGGUGGAGCGAUGAGCGGGUCGAAUCCGAAGGCUGCGACCGCGGCGCCGGCGGCCGGGCCCGGCGGGCUGGUGCCCGGCAAGGAGGAGAAGAAGAAGGCGGGCGGCGGCGUCCUGAACCGGCUCAAGUCGCGGCGGCAGGCGACCCCACACACGGCCGACGAUGGCACCGGGGCCGCGGUUACGGAGCAGGAGCUGCUGGCGCUGGACACGAUCCGCCCCGAGCACGUCCUGCGCCUCAACCGGGUCACCGAGAAUUAUUUAUGUAAACCUGAAGACAAUGUCUACAGUAUUGAUUUUACCCGCUUCAAAAUCCGAGACCUGGAGACGGGGACGGUGCUCUUCGAGAUUGCCAAACCUUGCAUCUCAGACCAAGACCAGGAUGCAGAGGAGGAGAGUGUCGAUGUGGAUAUCAGCGUAGGGCGUUUCGUCCGCUAUCAGUUCACACCAGCCUUUCUGCGCCUCCGGACAGUCGGUGCCACGGUAGAGUUCACAGUGGGGGACAGACCUGUGUCCAACUUCCGGAUGAUUGAGCGCCACUACUUCCGGGAGCGUUUGCUGAAAAACUUUGACUUUGAUUUCGGCUUCUGCAUCCCCAGCAGUAGAAACACGUGUGAACAUAUCUACGAGUUCCCGCAGCUCUCUGAGGAUGUCAUUCGUCUGAUGAUCGAAAACCCGUAUGAGACCCGCUCGGAUAGCUUCUACUUUGUUGACAACAAGCUGAUAAUGCACAACAAGGCUGACUACGCCUAUAAUGGAGGCCAGUGACUGCCGCAGGAGCGGCUAGGGAAGGUCCUUUGCUGCCACCACGAGUCACAUGGGGGAAUUGCAGCCACUGCUUGUCAACACCCAUUGAACCUGGUCCAGGAAGCUGCGGCUGGGGUGGCAGUUUGUGCUCCACGGAGGUGCCGGCCAGCAGUUUCUUUUCCCGGUAUUUUUCCCCUGCCCCCUAGUUCUCAGAGGUAUUAUAGUGAAGUAAAAGAUUAGGGUAAGGUUCCUGGGGUCCAGAUAAAAACGUUUCUCUCUGUGUAGUCUUAGCUAUGCACUGGUUAUCCCGACAGGCCUGACUGUCCAGGCACAGCUGUGUCAGUGAGAAGGCUCAGGCUGGGCCACCCUCGGCCUACCAGUCAUUCUGCAGCUUCCUGGGUGCCGUGGGCAGCUGAGAGCAGCUCGCUCGCUCGCUUCCUCCUUCACCACGGUGUUGCGUUGGCACAGUCUGAGGCCGAUGGGAGGAGACUCGAAAAGACAGGGAGGGCGGAGCCCGGGGCUGAGGCACCGGGAUGGAGGUGAUGUCAGACUGAAAGACAAGAUUUUGAGGAUGCUACUUAACUGCCUUGGGGACCCACAGCCAGUCCUAGGGGAGACCGUGGCCUGAGCCUGGUGGUGCUUUUCUGUUCUUACUUUGGAGGCCACAUGGGGGCGCUCUGCUCCCCUGGCCUUGACUUUUCCUGCAGCAGACCUCCUUGGUUUUGUUCCUGGAACGUCGUGUCUUGAGUUCAGCGCAGGGUGACGUGCUUUGGGCUCUUUAGUCUGACUGCUUUGGGGAGUUCUUACACCGUGUCCGUCCUAGCACCUGAGAUACGGGUGGAUCUCUGACGGAGCUGACCUGGCUCAUGGCAGGAGAGGUAUAGUUACAGCCUGGCUGCUGC